AUUUCCAAUAAUUUUCUUCAAGCCAUCUACUCUCUCUUUUUCACUAAGGAGACAUCGCUACAACGUUCAUGUACCUUUCAUUUGCUUUCGUUUCAAUGGUAUUCUCUGAAUUUGGAAGUAAUCGCUGUGCCAGUGUUCACUUGGUCCAUGAAAGGCAUGAAAGCUAAUGGCCGCCAAAUUCUAUCCACGAAACAGCUGAUGUGCGUUGUUGUUUCUCAAUUUUAAAUUGGUAUUUUCACGGGAUUAACUGUGGAAAAGCACUUAGAUGAUACGUUAUUCGUGUAAUUGUUUAGUGUGGAAUUCAGGAUGUCACUGACCAUACAACAAAUAAUUUUGGAUGCAAAGAGACUCGCUGGCCGUCUUAAAGAACGCGAAACCGAAUCGGAUGCUUUGCUGACCGAAACUCAAUCUGCAUAUCGCCAAAUCCAUACCAUGAAACAGUACAAAGAAGAGGUUGAUACACUGAAUGAGGCUUCACGUGAACGCCCCCGUGGAGCACUUAUAGCCAGCAUAGAAAGGGAAUCUCGCUUAAUGAGGGAUGUUCAACGGGAAAAUGGGGAGCUCAGGGCUGCACUUGAAGAUCACAGACGGGCUUUGGAGCUCAUCAUGUCUAAAUACAGACAGCACACUGAAAAGAGAGUGUGGGAGUCCAGAAUAGAUUUUACGGCAGCAGUCAAUGAAAAACAACAAGAGCUCAUUCGUAAACAAGCAGAGAGAAUCAAUGAAAUGACUAGUAUCAUGUACAAAGCUGUGAAUAUGGAGGAGAAUGGGGAGAUAAGGAGGGAGGAAGAGGUGUACCACAGGCUCAUCACUGAAAAUAAGGGCUUGCGGGAGAUGCUGGACCUGUCGCGGCGGUACGGGUCGGACCGCGCGGUGGCGCCGCCCACCGAGGACAAGGACGUGCAGACGGACGGGCCGCCGCCGCCGCCGCCGCACGCGUGACGCGCCGCGCCGCCCGCCCGCCAGCCCCGCCAGCCCCACCUGCCCCGCGCCGCGCCCUGAGCGUACCUUCUACCCUACUUUACUACGGACAAUCGAGCCGCCGGAGACGUAUGUACUUGAAGUAUACUUUGUGUCUGUCGCUCCGACGGCGGCCCUAGUUGGCGCCGCUGUGCCGUACGAUUUGUAGCGACUAAAAUAUUUAAAGUGAAUGCGAAGCAGGUCGAUUACUAAACAAAAACUAAUUUCAAUCGAGUAAACCUUACGUAAUCGUUAACCAUUUAACGAUGUCACUCAUUGGGGUUUUAGACAUUACUAGAAGAUUACGCAUGAUAGAAAAUCGUAUCUAAUCGACCUAGGCACAUCUCACCUGAGCAUAUGUCAGUUUAGAAGCGCAAAAUAUAUAUAUGAUUUGUCUUGAAGAUUCUCUGCCGGGUGAAAUGUUAAUCACCAGUCAAAUGUCCAUAGUGAAAUCGUCUCUGACAGUGUCGGUGGAAUCAUAAUAAAAUUAAUAAACAAAAAUUCUUCGAUUGUAUACGUCAGUCUCGGUUGUCUGUGAUUUUACAAACACAUACAUACACAGGUUUUUGAAAAUAGGUCUUUUGACAGGUACACUAUUUCACAUUUUGCAAAAGAAAAGGAGUGUGACAUAAAUACAGCGAACUACAUUAUAACUAACAAAAAGAUUAUGUUCUCCUUCGGUUGUAUUGAUGUUGAAUAUGACUAGAAGUAAAUUUGUAUUGUAAAAUUUCAAGUUAUCGCUCAUGUUAUAUAUAUGUAUUGAGAAACAAAGUUUCUUAUUAUUGUAAAUUAUAGUAUUAUAAAUCUUUGAAAUCACACUUAUGGAUGGCAAGUAUCAUGAUUUAUUAUUUAUAUUAGGCGGGGCCUCAUAGAGGAGCAAAAAUUAAAUAGGUGACACAUUAGACUACUUACAAGUAAUGGAUCUUCAUAUUAAGUUUUAGGUACGUUAAUAGGGAACAAAAUCACAUUGCAGCACCUAUUUAAAUCAGGCUUGUGUCUUUUUAGAAAAUAAUAAAACGUAAAGUUAUUUUGUUCAAAGCGAUCAUUAUUUGGAUACUACUCUAUUCACGUAUAGUACCUAUAGGUUUCGCACCGGAUAUAUGAGAUAUUUUAAGGCUACCGGUAAUUGCAUGCGAUUUACGUUACAUUGCAGCUUUUGUUCGAUCGAUUGAACUUGUUGCCCCUAUUUAGUCGGCAAUUGUCUAAAAUCGCAUGCAAUUUGUUGCAACGUGAGCGGAUAUCAUUAGAAAUUUUAUCACCACAUAUACUUUAGGCUUCGGUCACACUGACGCGGAUCCGAGGUGUGGGCGAGACAGCGCUACGCACAUUAUAUAGCGAUGUCCCGUUGGCACAGCAGCGGCGCGGUGCACGGAUCCGCGUUAGUGUGACCGAAUCAUUAUAGUCUGAAAUUUCGAUCUCUCUAUUUCUCUAAAAAAACAGUUCGUGCUGCUGAAGCUCCCCUAUAUAUUUAAUGUUGAGUUAAAAUGUAACGGGUUCUUGUGCAGUUAUUCCUCAUGAGAAUAUUCAAAAUGUUAAUUACGUAUACUUACAAUACUCGAUAGAAAUUGUGUUAAUAAAACUUUAUUAAUUCAUAGGAAAUUAGUUUAAUUUAGAUUAUUUGGAUAUAAAGCAGAAGACGCUUUCCAUAUAGAUUUUCGUACAAUGACCCGCCUGUUGCUAUCUAUUGCACGCGCAUAUAUAAUUAUAUUGCUGUCAAGCUCGCACAGUGACAUUGAUAACCGACAUCAUGAGCGGGACAGCAAUAUUACUAUACGCGGACACAGCAAAUACCUUUUACUAUAUAACAAGACUGUGCCCUUAUGCGAAAAAACGGGCUGAGUGAGAGAUGACUUACACAAGAGAGUCUAUAGGUUACACUAACCCUGGCAUGUUGUUAGAAAAGGACACACCCCGUUCGACUAUCCUCUCACUCGUCCCGUUUGCUUGUAGCGAAGCAAUAUGAACCUUAACAGUAGCUCAAUACAGUUCCAAUAUGGUUUGUCAAAAAUCUUCAGUGAACGGUCUUGUUAUAGUAAAAGGUCUUUGGGAGAUAGCAACAGGCGGGUCAAUGUACGAAAAUUUAUAUUGAAAGCGUCUCUUCUUUAGCGUUAAUUAAAAUAGAAAAUACAUAAUAUAGAAGGUCCUCUUUGUAAUAAUAAUACCAUAGGUCAGUACUUUCUGGGACCCACUAACCUUAACAGAUAAAUACGUAUGCUAUGCGUACGUUGAUUUCAAUAUAGACAUCAAAUUAUAGCAUAAUCAAACAAUUUCUUUUCAUAAACUAGUCAAAAAUGUACCCCUAAUUGUCAGGUCAUCAAGAGGUGCCUGCCGCUGCAGCGGCACCUUACUCUACUCGUACCUAUGUUUAUCUGUUGUUGUUAUUCCAUAGUUAAACCUAAAUUUUAACUGAGGUAGUUACUCGACAGUGGAAGUGUCGAAAAAACUUUUAGAAUGUACUUUAAUGGUGAAAAUUCGACAUUCAGACUGUAACUGAAGUUGUUACAGUUUCAAUAUCAAAAUUGAUGAAUCCUCAUUGAGAUUAUAAAAUUAUCCCAUGCAGAAUGAUAAUCAUGAUUAAUAUUCCUAAUACUUAAGAUGUAAUGGUGAUGUUUGAGUAAAGUGUUUAUGGCUAAAUAAUUAAUUACCUAAAAUAUGAAAUAUUUUUUCAUGCGGCUUAGUAAUGUCAGCUUUUGAUGUUAGAGGCAUAUAAGUAGAAUAACGAAAGUAGGGAGUCUUCAUAGGACGUAGUGAGGUUUCUGAUCCAUGUGUCUGCGGUUUCUAUCCGCAUUUACAGUUGUUUUUUUGAGGUGUCCGAAAUUCGGAUUGGUUUUCUAUAUAAAUACAUUACCGGAACCGGGAAUUACCGGUUCUCGCCAUACAAAGUCAGUACUGGAAACAUUCCCUAGUCCGAAUGUUACUUCUUCCUACAUUCGGACAUCUUAAAAUAUAUAUAUAUAUAUAAUAUAUAUAUACGAUAGCUUUCAUCAUUAUACCCAGUGGCAUAGACAAAUAAACACAUGGUAAUGAAUGCCGUCCUUAUUUUUAACAUCAUGUUGGCGUUAGUACCUUUCAGAUAGUUACUUUUUCGAAUGGCAUUUGCUACGAAUCUUAUAAUAGGUACAUACUUACCUUUAGUGCGUUAGUUAUGGAGUUGGCCAAGCCAAAAUAUAAUAUUAUUUAGACCCUAAAAGUACGCUCGAAUAAACAAAUCGACGUGGGUAAAUAAUAUUCCCUUCAUUAGACGUAAUUGAUGUGAAUGAUAUUGAUGAUGCAUUAAAUAACUGUUUAAUUUCAUUUAGAAUAAUAUGAUAAUUAUAUUUGAAAUUAAAGACCUUUCGUACUGUUUAAUAUAGAUUAGGAACUAAAUUCAAGUGUCUCAGUUUAACAACUUACCUACUGAGUGCACUAUUUCUAGGAACUGCUCCAGACAUAGCAUAACUGACCAAUAGAUAAUUUAAAUUCUAUAGCUUUUGAAACGUGUAUUAUUUAAGGAACCUGAAAUUAUUUGAUUGAUGCGGAGAAAUAGCACAAACUUAAGUAAUAAUUGUACCUACAAUAGAAAGAGUCGCUUUAAAAAAAUUCCACGAUAUAACGUAUCAAUAACGGCGGCAAUGUAGGUAUUGUGGCUAUUCCCAUAAUUGAAAUUAAUUAAGUACAUUCAGCUGCAGAGAGAGGUGACCCAAACCCCCCCCCCCCUGUGACUGACUACCUUAUAUGUAAAAAUCACAGAGAUAAGUAUUUUACCACCGGCAAAUCAUUGAUUGUAUAACAAACGUAAAGUUAAAGAGUUAAGUGUUCGUUAAAGCAGGGGUUCCCAACCUUUUACCCAUGAAUAUGGGGGUAAUUCUGGAGCCGCUUGCUGCGCCCCCCUUGGAACCACUACGCCACCCAAGUAAGGCGCGCUCCACUGGUUGGGAAACACUGCUUUAGGGCUUCUUCAAUCAAUAGUUAAAACUGCUAUCGGUUUACCAUCGUGGUAUAAAAAAAAACUUCUCUGUCAACUGUUAAACUCACUGGAAUGUAGUUUGUAGACAUCGGCAGUAUUAAUUAUGAGCACAAAUAAGAUCUUAUUAAUGCGUCGGCCACUUAUGCCACUUUUACAUAGUGACGGCCAAAGUGGCCAAACAUAAAUCGUAACAUACUUACCUUCAUAAAAAUUAUAGAUGCCGAUAUUUUUAAUCACUUUGGCCGCCACUAUCUAUUUGAGGCUGAUUGACAAAUAUACUCUUAAAUCUACUAAAAGUAUAAAAAAACGUUGUCCACUUCACCUGAUUGAAAUUGUGAACUCUCAAGAAUGUGUAUUAUUAUUUUUAUUUAGUUAUUUAUUUAAUAUUGCAGUAGCAUUUAAAAUUUUACUUGUUUAGACAUCAUUUAAAACAUUUGAUGGCCUCCGGGGCGUAUGAAGUAUAGUAAGGCCUUGCAGUCCACUAACCGCCCAAUCUAUACUCGGCGGACGUAAGAAUCAAUAUUUUUGUCGCUUAACUUCAAACUCAAAUAAAUCCCUACCCUAUUACCUUUUCUUAAUACCAAAAUCGCAAAAUGACAGAUGGAUUUAUUUGAAUUUGAAGUUAAGCGAGUCAUUUGGCAGUUAUGAAUUGACUAUCAGUUAAAGACAAAUAUAUUGCUUCUUACGUUGCGCCGACUAUAAGGCCGAGUCCGCUGCCCAAGGCCAUGGGCCCUUUUGGGCCUAGGUUAAUAUGCCCCUAUUAUGUAUCAAAAUGAGAGGUAAGUAUAUUUAAAUCAUUAGUUACUCAUAUAAAACAUACUUGUAAUUCGCAAGUAUAAAAUGUACGACAUUACCUCAUUUGCUUAUGCGUGGGCAGUUAAAUACAUACAUAAACAAAUAAACUAGAUUAAAUUUUAGAUUGUUAAUUGUACUGUAACCUUAAAUAAUGCAUAUUCGGUUGGGACAUUUUGUUAGACGUAAUUAUUUGAAUUUGACGAGUUAAGAAUAUUGUGUUGUACUCUAUAAAGACGUUUAUCCUGUUGAAAUUCACGUGCCCUUUACUGAAUCAAAAAUUGUGUUAUAAAUUCAUCCCAUUACUUAUGAAAAAUAAUAUUUAUUAGAUGUGACGUGUCGGUGCCUUAACUUAAGUAUCCACAUUGCUAUGCAGCUAGUAUGGUGCGUUGGUACUUAAAUUGGGGCACUGGUUAACUGACAUCAGAGUCGUCAGAUAACUGUGUGGGGUGGUACUUGGCCAAGAUAUCUAACUCGCUUAUUGACGAGUGGAAUUGUGCUCACACGUCACAGUUUUUAAGUAAUGGGGUAAAAAUAUUCUAUGAAUACCUAUAGACAUGGGGUUCUUUAUAAGUGGUAACAAAUGAGAUUGGUAACUUGUACCUAUGUGUAGAUAUUUUUACUGAAAGCAAUGAUAGAGUAUAAAUGUACUAGUUUUUUCUGCUGUAGGACAACACAUAUAGAGCAAAAAUGAUAAUAAAUGUAUCUGAUAAUAUUAAAAAUAAUUAAAAUGG